AUGUCCGAAGCCUACGAGCGAGAGCGCCAGAACAAUGCGCGCCUGGACGAACUCUCGGCCAAGGUCUCUGCCCUGCGCGGCGUGACCGUCGACAUCUACGACAAUGCCCGCGCGCAGGACGUCAUCGACAACACCUCCGACACCUUCUCCUCCAUGACGACCCAGAUGAAGGGCUCCGCCGGCCGCCUGACCCGCAUGGCCGCCUCUGGCAACCGCGUCGCCAUCCUCAAGCUGUCGGGCAUCAUAAUCGCCGCCUUUGUGGUGCUGUACUACGGCGUGAAGCUGCUAUUUUGA